UACUAUCUAGUAUAUCUAUCUACUAACUUAGAUCUGUGCACUAUUGCAUCUGCGCAGCGGUCGAUUAUGAACGCGCACGAGUUUGUUUUGACCUCCCUCCCCGAACGGUCUGUAGUCUGCCUUGACAGAACUGUCGACACUCCAUACUCUCAUUGCAAAAGCUGACUUCGCUGUCUCAACGACUUAGCCGAGCAUCGACGGCUGUAUGCAUUUCCCAAGUAACAGAACUACGUAGGCAUGCAUCGCACUUGUGUUGUUACCUACACCUCGUAGCAGACAAAGACACUCGUUUAGAGCAAAUUUAUCCAACUCGCACGUUUCAUGUACUGCAGCUGUCAGAGUUGACUUCGCCAUAAACAGCCUACAAAACGAUACUCGCUCAUACUGACGCAGUAAAAUGUGACGCAGGUUUUUUCCUACUGGCCAAUGCAUUCUACGAUAAUUCGGUAAACAUUAAAGCAACCCGAUCGAUUCUUCCUUUGAGCCUCCAACUAUGUCUGGAAAAAGAGGCAUUCUCAGUCUGCGUUUCAAUCAGGAUCAAGGAUGUUUUACAUGUUGUAUGGAAUCAGGUCUUAGAAUUUAUAAUGUAGAGCCUUUAGUUGAAAAAGCUCAUUUUGAGAAUGACCUGAUGGGCAGUAUUGCCAUAGGGGAAAUGUUAUGGAGGAGUAAUAUAAUAGCAAUUGUUGGUGGUGGUACAAGGCCAAAAUUUGCAGAUAAUACGGUGCUAAUUUAUGAUGAUUUAACAAAAAAAUUUGUAAUGGAAAUUACUUUCACAAGUCCUAUAAAAGCUCUAAGGCUGCGAAAAGACAAAUUAAUAGUUGCUCUUCAAAAAGAAAUUCAUGUUUUUUCAUUCCCUCUACCAACACGUAGAUUGGUAACAUUAGAAACUAGAGAUAAUCCGAAAGGACUUGUAGAAGUUGCAACCCUUGCUACAGCACAUAAGCAAUUGCUUGCUUAUCCUGGUCAUAAACCUGGCAGUGUGCAACUAGUUGAUUUAGGAGCAACAGAAGCUGGUACAUCUAGUGCUCCAGCUACUUUGGCAGCUCAUCAGGGAACUUUAGCAUGUUUAGCUGUAAAUGAUAAUGGGACAAAAUUAGCAACAGCAUCUGAACAAGGUACACUUAUCAGAGUUUGGGAUAGCAUUCGCAGACAAUUAUUAGUUGAGCUUCGUAGAGGUGCAGAUCCUGCUACCUUGUAUUGUAUAACUUUUAGUCGAGACUCAGAAUUCUUAUGUGUAUCAAGUGAUAAAGGAACUGUUCAUAUUUUUGCUCUGAAAGAUACACGCCUAAAUAGAAGAUCAACCUUUUCACACAUGGGCUUUUUGGGCAAUUACAUGGAAAGUCAGUGGGCUCUUGCAACUUUUACAGUACCUCCAGAAUGUGCUUGUGUUUGUGCUUUUGGAAGUAAGAGUUCAGUCAUAGCUGUUUGUAUGGAUGGAACAUUUCACAAAUAUGUUUUCACAGGAGAUGGGAACUGCAAUCGUGAAGCAUUUGAUGUUUUUUUAGAUGUGUGUGAUGAUGAUAAUGAAUUUUAAAUGUAUGUUUUUUAUAUAAGGCAAACAAUGCACUAUACUGUACAUAUUGUAUAAUAAUGUACAGUUUAAUUAAAUUACAACUAUUUAUUUUGUUUUUUACUU